AUGAACGUCUACUGUUUCAACAAGGAACUACCAACACCUGAAAUGUGUCUCGCCCAUACCUCACUAUCAGCGUCACGCCCAUGCAACACUACAAUCGCAACGUUUAUAAAGCACUACCGGUCCCACGCCAAUACAACACUACCAGCACCUAGCCUAUACAGCACUACCAGCACCUCACCCAUACAACACUACCAGCGCCCCACCCAUACACCUCUACCAGCAUCUCACCCAUAUACCUCUACCAGCAUCCUCACCCAUACAUUACCACCUCUACCAGCAUCUCACCCAUACAGCACUACCAGCAUCUCACCAUACACCUCUACCAGCAUCUCACCCAUACAGCUCUACCAGCAUCUCACCCAUACAGCACUACCAGCAUCUCACCCAUACAGCUCUACCAGCAUCUCACCCUCACCCAUACAGCUCUACCAGCAUCUCACCCAUACAGCUCUACCAGCAUCUCACCCAUACAGCACUACCAGCAUCUCACCCAUACACCUCUACCAGCAUCUCACCCAUACAGCACUACCAGCAUCUCACCCAUACAGCACUACCAGCAUCUCACCAUACACCUCUACCAGCAUCUCACCCAUACAGCACUACCAGCAUCUCACCCAUACAGCAAUACCAGCAUCUCACCCAUACACCUCUACCAGCAUCUCACCCAUACAUACAGCAUCAGCAGCAUCUCAUCUCACCCAUACAGCACUACCAGCAUCUCACCCAUACAGCAGCAUCUCACCCAUACAGCACUACCAGCAUCUCACCAUACACCUCUACCAGCAUCUCACCCAUACAGCACAGCAGCAUCUCACCCAUACAGCAUCUCACCCAUACAGCACUACCAGCAUCUCACCAUACACCUCUACCAGCAUCUCACCCAUACAGCACUACCAGCAUCUCACCCAUACAGCAUCUCACCCAUACAGCACUACCAGCAUCUCACCCAUACACCUCUACCAGCAUCUCACCCAUACAGCACUACCAGCAUCUCACCCAUACAGCACUACCAGCAUCUCACCCAUACAGCACUACCAGCAUCUCACCCAUACACCUCUACCAGCAUCUCACCCAUACAGCACAGCAGCAUCUCACCCAUACAGCACUACCAGCAUCUCACCCAUACACCUCUACCAGCAUCUCACCCAUACAGCACAGCAGCAUCUCACCCAUACAGCACCUCACCCAUACAACACUACCAGCAUCUCACCCACUACUAUUACCACACAGACACAGCUACUAUUGCCACACAGACAAAACUACUAG